AUGGGAAAUGUCGUGGACACCGCUGACCGCUUGGACCCGCGGUUCGGCGUGCUCACAACCCCCGAUGGAAAGAAGAGGUCGAUGAGGCCGGAGGACUGCCGUCCGCGCUACUACGAGAGAACUUACCGUGAGACGCGCAUCCUUGGAACUCAGGCUGCUCUCCAGCCUUACUCUCUCAAUUCCUCUCCGGGUUUGACACUCUCGCGUGCCUUGAAUGCGUGGUUGCAGGGAGAUCCUGAGCUGCCCGAGGAUCCGGAAUUCCCAGCAAAGCUCCUGCAAGCUGCUCAGGACCACGACUGGAAGAUUGAGAACGGCGCAGACGGCGUUUCCAUCAUGUAUCCCGGCAAGAGGCAGCCGAAGUUGUGGGUGGGCCCCGUCCGCGUGGUGAACCCGGAGGACAAGCUCUGCCCCGAAAAUGGCAACGCCAACCUUUCCCUGGAUGCCCUUAUCCAGCAGGGCCUCAUCACACCCGUCUACAAGCCAAUGCCAACGGCUCAGCCUGCUCCAGGCGCGCCCAGUCCUCACGUGAACGGACCUCAGGCGUCGCAGCCCACCACUGCCACGAAUUCCCGCCAGCAGUCAGAGGAGGAGGCGCAGAUGGCUGGCGAGGAGUUCAAGACGUCUGUGACGGACGCAGUCAACCUCACAGCCGGGACCCAGUACGCGCCGAAGGGACCAGAAGCACCUAUCCACCCUGCACAGGCGAUCUACAACAACAUUCCAUAUCCCCUGCCUGGCAGCUACUGCCCCCCCAUGACCCUGGCGUAUCCCGCCGCUCCCGCAUAUCCGUACCCCGCGAUGCCGACUCCUCCCUGCCCUCAGUACGCCGUUCCUUCUCCUUUGAACCGCCCGCCUCCGGUGGUGGCGCAGGGCCCGUGCGCGCCGCUCUUGCCCAUCUUUUGA